AUGCCAAGAAAUGUGGUGCCAACCGGUCUUCCACAGACCACUGGUCGUCCGUGUAUAAGUUUUGAUGACAAUUUCCCCUUACUUACUGCUCUCUCUCUCUCUCUCUCUCUCUCUCUCUCUCUCUCUCUCUUAUAUAUAUAUAUAUAUAUAUAUAUAUAUAUAUAUCUCUCUUUCUUUCUUUCUUUCUUUCUUUCUUUCUUUCUCGCACUCUCUUUCUUUUUCUCUCUCACUCACUCUCUCUUCUCUCUUUUUCGCUCUCUUACUUUCUCUCUUCUCUCUCUUUCUUCGCUCGCUUUCUCUCUCUUUCUCUUUCUUUUUUCUCUCUUCCUCCCCAUCUUCUCCGUUUUUAUUUUCUUCUUUUCGAUCUCGUUCUUACGACAUCCUCUCUUUAUGUACUCCCACUGUUGUAAGCAAUUGUUUUUCCUUUUCCCUCCUCGCUCUUCAAUCCUCUCCUCCUCCCAUUCUGUUUCUCGCCCGGCUCUUCCUCUUACCCUCAUAAGUACAUCCACUCUCCUCUUACUGCUCCUUCUACACCUCUUCCUACAGCUGCUGCUCCUCCUACAGCUACUGCUUCUCAUACACCUCCUCUUACAGCUACUCCUCCUCCUUUGUCCAAAUAAGAAAAGACCGAGCAAAUUCCACUUCACACUCAAUGGAUUAAUUAAUCUAUCUAUCUAUCUAUCUAUCUAUCUAUCUAUCUAUCUAUCUAUCUAUCUAUCUAUCUAUUAG